AUGAGGUCCACUCCAUCAACAAGUUCUCCACCCUUUGGGUCAACAUCAUCACACUCAUCAAUCCCACCCUUGCAAUUGUCUACUUCAUCCACCAUCAACAACACAGGCCGCGACUCACCCUCAGGCCUAGGAGGCCGUGGAUCACCUUCAUCACACUCCAACCCACUCUCCCACCCCCAGUCGCAUUCCUCUCCCUCCUUCACCAGCACCACGACUACGACACAAUCCUCGAGAAGUACUACCCCUAACCUUAAGCGGUCCACUGGUGCACUUAGCAGGGACUCUUCACCAGGCGCCAACAGUCCUCGAGAGUCCCCCAGCGGACAUGAUAGUCCGUCGCUAGAGCACACCACCAUUCAUCACACCGAGUUCAGCCCAGGAGUGGCACGACCGGCCGAGAAGAAGAGAAGGACUCGCUUGAAGAAGGACCAGUCCAGGGUGCUAAAGGAGUUCUUUGAGAAGGAUAACUAUCCAAACAAGGAGGAGAAAGAGAGGUUGGCGACGACGCUCAACAUGACCUACUCAGCCGUGACCACUUGGUUCUCAAACAAACGCCAGGAGAAGAGGAGGAAGGAGACUGAUGGCAUGGGUGGUCGUCGUCUGCCUGUUACUGAAACAGAUAGCCCCAACCCAAACAGCCAGGGAACUGGUCUGACGCCACACAUCGGCAGUAUUAAUAUGGGACAUGGGGGACGACCACACAUGGACCCUCUGACCCUCAACAGUCAGCAAGCUGGUAGUAUGCACUCCUCGCCAAUACCUUCCCCUCACACUAGUAGAAGUAGUACACCUCCAACACCAUCAUACAACAGAAGUCAACUAAGGUCAACAGGGUUCACGGACCUCUCCAACAACAGUCUCUCAAUACUUUCACAUGUGGCCAAAGAUGAUAUCGAUACACAACAAUCAUCAACAUGUAAUAACUUCCGACUCGGAUUCUGA